UAUUAAGCUUCUCAAACUCUCAUGGUGUCAAAAAAAUAGAUAUCUUGCAAAAGAUUCUUGUUUUGAAUUGAUAGAUUUCUGGGUGAUCAUCUAUAAGUAACAAUGGAAAAUCUGAUUAUUUACAUUGAGCUUGAACUCAAGGAGGAAAAAUAUUUUAGGGUGAUUAAUUGUUGUCAAAGAAUAUGUUAUAAUGAGUUGGUAGAAGUAAUAUGUCAACGAUGCAAGAUAACAUGUGAUCCAGGCAACAUUAGUUUGAGUUACAAGCCAAUGAUUUUGGAUAAAACUUGGCAAGAGACACCAUAUGUUCCAUUAGAGGAUGAUUUUGACUUAAAAUCCUAUUUUAUGAUUGUUGAUGAACGAGGUGCUAGACCCACACUGAAAGUGUGUUUACUUGAGGAUGGGAAGAGAAUAGAAAAGACAAGUGCAGUAAGUUGUGAAAGUGGUGAAAUACAGGUUCUUGUGGGAAGUAAUGGGUGUAACGUGAUCCAAGAGCAUUAUAGUCCUAUAUUUGUGGAAGAAGAACAACCAGUUGAUAAUUUUGCUGACCUUCACUUGGAGCAGAAUAUGAUUCAAGAGCAUUAUAGUCCAAUUUUUGUGGAAGAAGAAGAAGAACAACCAAUUGAUAAGUUUGCCGAAUGUCAAUUGGAGCAGAAUGUAACCUCCGCUUAUCAAGUUGUUGGUGAUGAAACAGUGCAUACAGAAGGGGGCUAUCAUAUGGCAGAUGUGGCUUAG